ACCCGACCCACGGAGAUCUCGGCCUAAUCCUCUCGAUCGGAGUCUCCGAAUUCCGAUUGUAGGUAUUCUUCCCUUCGCCGAAUUCAAUUUUGCCGCUGUUGAGAAAUGAAAUAUUGAAGGAAUUGAGAGCUAACAAGGGGGGUGAAAUUGACUGCUAUACAUGUCCAAUCAAGAGGAAGAAAUGGAUUAUGCAAAUGCUGAUUAUGAGAUGGGUGAAUUUGAAGAAGAUAUGUAUUUUGCUGGUCGAAUAAUGGGGGACACAGAGUCCGAUGAUGAUGACGAUGAUGAUGAACAUGACUAUUUGGACAAUAAGAUAACUGAUACUUCUGCUGCCGAGGCACGGAAAGGGAAGGAUAUCCAAGGCAUCCCGUGGGAUAGACUAAGCAUAUCUCGGAAGAAGUAUAGACAGACCAGACUGGACCAGUACAAGAAUUAUGAGAAUAUACCUCAAUCCGGAGAGGGUACAGAGAAGGAAUGCAAAUUAACAAGGAAAGGUGGAGUGUAUUAUGAGUUUUGGCAGAACACCAGAUCGGUAAAAUCAACAAUUCUUCAUUUUCAGCUAAGAAACCUGGUUUGGUCGACAUCGAAGCAUGAUGUUUACCUCAUGUCACAUUACUCUAUUAUUCACUGGUCUUCAUUAAGUUCCAAGAAGACAGAAGUUCUUAAUGUCUCAGGUCAUGUGGCUCCUUCUGAGAAACACCCUGGAAGUUUACUCGAAGGAUUUAGUCAAACACAAGUAAGUACUCUGGCUGUUCGUGACAAUUUGUUGAUUGCUGGAGGAUUCCAAGGGGAGCUUAUUUGCAAGUAUCUAGAUCGACCUGGUGUUAGCUUCUGCACGAGGACAACUUAUGAUGAUAAUGCUAUCACAAAUGCAAUCGAGAUCUAUGAUGGUCCAAGUGGUGCUAUUCAUUUCACAGCUUCGAAUAAUGAUUGUGGAGUGCGGGAUUUUGACAUGGAGAGAUUUCAGCUUGUUAAUCAUUUCUCUUAUCCGUGGCCUGUAAAUCAUACUUCUCUGAGUCCAGAUAGCAAGAUUAUUGCUAUUGUUGGGGACAACCCAGAUGGGAUGCUCGUGGAUUCGCAAACUGGGAAGACAAUUGCGCCCCUUCACGGACAUUUGGAUUUCUCUUUUGCUUCUGCAUGGCAUCCAAAUGGUUACAUCUUUGCAACUGGCAACCAGGACAAGACUUGCAGAGUAUGGGAUGCUCGCAACUUGUCCAAAUCUGUUGCUGUACUCAAAGGAAAUCUGGGAGCCAUUCGAUCUAUCCGUUUCACAUCCGACGGCCAGUUUAUGGCAAUGGCCGAGCCUGCUGAUUUUGUUCAUGUGUACGAUGUCAAAAAUGGUUACGAUAAAGAGCAAGAGAUUGACUUUUUCGGUGAGAUAUCUGGAGUCUCUUUCAGCCCGGACACCGAUUCUCUCUUCAUCGGAGUGUGGGAUCGUACUUACGGUAGCCUCCUUCAGUACAACCGUUGCAGAAACUAUUCAUAUCUGGACUUUUAAUGUGAUUCAUUUUGGUUCCUUUUAUGAGUUGUUUAUGCAUCUGUAGUUGGAAGAGAAACACCAGGUGACAUGCCAUCUCUUUGGUUACUAAUCCACUGAAGGGUUCUGUCUGUCUGUGUGCUCUAGCCCAAGUGUUGUGUCUUAAAAAAAUAAUAACGACUUUGUGGCAGGGAAGCGAAUAUCUGGGCUGCAAUUUGGUACUGGCGGGCCGGUAUGAAAUUUUUAUCCGAGCACUGAACAACGUGGUUUUUUUUUUUUUUCUUUUUUGUAGUGGGUGGAAGUGUCACUUGGUGAUGUGUAUAUUAGAAAUUUAAUUUGUAACAGUAACUUUUUUAUGGAGUUGAAGAGGAUGAUACUACUACUGCCUGGGCACUUAGUCUUGAUUGUUUUAGAUCACAUUACUCUGUUGUGAAACUGGAAAGUGUCAAUAAAAAGCUCUCUUUUGCUU